GGGGAGGUGUCAGCCUGCAUCUAACAGUACCUAUAUGGGUAUUCGCCACCUGACUGCAACGGCCCAACACCACAUUCUAAAUGGAUAGUAAGAGAGGGGCAUUUUCCCACUCCUCACCUAACCUGCCACAUAAAGCUGCUUCUGUUGACCCGUUUCUUUUCGCUCAGAAAUAUUUCAUCAAUUUACUUCAUCCAGUUGAUGUUGUAGCUAAGCGCCAUGGAGCAGUAUCGGUUUGGCAAGAUACGACAUACAGUGCGACAUUAUAAUUCCGCCCCAACAACUAUUCCUGUAGGACGUCCAAUUCGCACUAUUUCGCAGAGCAAGUCGCCAGUAGAGCUUCGACAAGAAUCCCAGGAAGAUGACACUCAGCCAAUCAUAGAGAUAGUGUAUGUCGCCGAUGAGCCCAACAAAUCUCGCAUUGAAGGGUCCUUAGACGAAGUGGACGUUCCACACAAAAUCAACACAAGAGAGAUACAUAUGAUAGUACAUUCGGAGAUUCUAUCUCAGACUAUCAGAGACAUAGUGAAGGCUUAUCCAGACCAAAGUUUAACCGGGCCACGUCUCAUUAUAUCGGAACCUUAUACUUGUCUGAUCCAUCAUGUGUCAGAUUUCGAUGACAUAGUAUCUUCAAAUGAAGAUCUUACACAGGUAGAGCAUAUGCAGGUGCUCGUAGAAUUUCUUCAACCACGUUUCACGCGUUACAAAUUUGUGAGAGAUCAACCGACAGUCAGCUUCAACGACUUAUGGAUGAUAAUGAAGCCCGGAGUGAUGGGAUAUAUCGACUUGAAAGGCUAUUUACAUGGCUGUGUAAUUGAUAAGUAGUUGAAAUGAUGCAACGUUUCAUAGACCGAGGUAAAAAGGUGUAUGACGUAUUGUUUGGAGACACUAUGUAC